AUGGUGACUGUUAGAAGUGUAUUGGCACUAGCUGCAGCAGGGUUCAAGAUGACACGGGGAUUUACUGGACAGGGGGAGAUUCCUGUGUGUAAGCUCAUUAAAUCUCUCUAUGGACUUAAACAAGAUCCUAGACAAUGGGAUGUUAUGCUUACUGAAGCUCUCAUAAAAAAGUAUAUUCUUGAGAUUAUUUCUGAGGCUGGAUUGAGUGCAGCAGAACCAGCUACUACACCACUUGAUCCUUUUGUGAAGUUGACUACUAAGAAAUAUGAUGAAGUUAAUAAUAUAGGACAUGAUGACAAGUUACUAAAAGAUCCCAGUAUAUAUAGAAGAUUAAUUGGCAAACUCUUGUAUCUUACUGUUACAAGACCAGAUAUUACAUAUGCAAUACAGACUCUGAGUCAGUUUUUUCAACAGCCAAAACAAUCUCAUUUGAAUGCAGCUCUGAAGGUAGUAAGAUAUAUAAAAGGUCAAGCAGGGUUGGGAAUAUUGCUAUCCAGCAAAAGUAGCAAACAUCAAAAUGUUUAUUAUGAUUCAGAUUGGGCUACAUGCCCACAGACUAGGAGAUCAGUAACUGGAUUCUUGAUAAAGUUUGGAAACUCUCUUAUUUCAUGGAAGUCCAAGAAGCAAGGAACUGUCUCUCGAAGCUCAGCAGAAACUUAG